AGAGGCAGACUCUUUCUCCGGCUGGCCGACGCGCCCGACCCAACCUAGCGUGACGGUUCCCAGAAAUAUCCCAGACAUGACCCCAACCGCGAGCACAACGUUGACGCACUAUUCCCCACCAAAAACGUACAAUCGUCAGCCUUGGCGUGCUGCAGUUUGACAAGCACAAGCACACGCGCGCUCUAUUUCUUUACGCGCAAUGGAAUUCCGGGGAGAGGAGGACGGGGACGGCAGCGACGUGGGCGACGGUGCCCCGCCCGCGGCACCUCACCGCAGCGCCACCGCAAACGGGCCGGCAGACAACAUGCAAGCGGAGGCGAGGCGGCAGUACCACGAGUGCCUCCGUAACCACGCGGCGGCCGCGGGCGGGCACGUCCUGGACGGAUGCUGCGAGUUCAUGCCGGCCUCCCCCGAGGACCCACUCGCAUGCGCGGCCUGCGGCUGCCACCGCAGCUUCCACCGCCGCGACCCCUCGCCGGGGCGCGCCCACUUGCCGCUGCUGGCUGCCAGCGCGCGCGCACCAUUGCUGCUCCCGCCGGCGGCCAGCAAGCACCCGCACCAGCGUUUGCCGUUCCCCUACGGCCUUGCGGCCAGCGGCGGCACCGGCACGACGACCGAGUCCUCCAGCGAGGAGCGGCGUGGGCCGUCGCCGGCACCGCGGAAGCGCUCCAGGACGACGUUCACGCGGGAGCAGAAGGAGCAGAUGCUGGCGUUCGCGGAGCGCGUCGGGUGGAGGCUGCAGCGGCAGGACGAGGCGAUGGUGGGGCAUUUCUGCGCGCAGGCCGGGGUCCGGAGGCAGGCGCUCAAGGUCUGGAUGCACAACAACAAGCAGAGUAGCAGCGGUAGGAGGCAGCAGCAGCAGGAGGAGGAGAAGCAGCUUCAGGAGCAUAGCCAAGAGCAGCAGCAGUAGCCAUGGCAGGAGACAGGUUCCAUAGUAGGAGGCAACGCUCCUCGCGCCCUUGUAAAGUUUUUAACUGUUGGAAAGUUCUUCUGUUCUUUUUCACUCUCUUCUAAUUGGCUGAUCACUGUUGCUUCUCUGUCAUAUCAAUGCAUGAUCAUUCCUGGUA